AUGAUACCCUUAAAUAUCACCUACAGUAAUAGCAGCAGUAACACAGGACCAACAGGCCGCAGAGACCAACAGGCCGCAGAGACCAACAGGCCGCAGGGACCAACAGGCCGCAGGGACCAACAGGCCGCAGAGACCAACAGGCCGCAGAGACCAGCAGGCCGCAGGGACCAGCAGGCCGCAGGGACCAGCAGACCGCAGGGACCAGCAGACCGCAGAGACCAGCAGGCCGCAGAGACCAACAGGCCGCAGAGACCAACAGGCCGCAGGGACCAGCAGACCGCAGGGACCAGCAGACCGCAGGGACUAGCAGACCGCAGGGACCAGCAGACCGCAGGGACCAGCAGACCGCAAGGACCAACAGGCCGCAGGGACCAGCAGACCGCAAGGACCAACAGGCCGCAGAGACCAACAGGCCGCAGAGACCAACAGGCCCCAGAGACCAACAGGCCGCAGGGACCAGCAGACCGCAAGGACCAACAGGCCGCAGAGACCAACAGGCCGCAGGGACCAACAGGCCGCAGGGACCAACAGGCCGCAGGGACCAGCAGACCGCAGGGACCAACAGGCCGCAAGGACCAACAGACCAAUAGACCGCAGGGUCGUAUUAUGCCCAACACCACCCGUGGAGAUGCUAAAUUAGACCUUGCAAGGGAGUCUUUAGAGCGACCAGGAUUAUAUAGGAAGCCUCCUGUGUUGUUCAUUAUCAGCCUCCUCCCAAGCCUAAACUUGUGA